AUGAAGGACAUAUUGGAGCAUUAUGUGAAGAAUGUGAUAUAUACAAUUUCAGAGGAUUUGGGCACUUUUCAACAAGUUCCAAAUAUACUUGUGGUUCUUGUGUCGAUUAUCAUUAAAAUCUAGUUGCUAUAACAACAAUAAGCUUAUGGUAUAUUUUUAUAAUAACAUUUUUAGGACAGUAUUUUCAAUAUUUAUUUCUGUCAAGAGUAAUGUGUUAUUAAAUGAAAAAAUAAUUAUCUAAAAAAUAAUUUCAAUAAUACUUUUGA